GGUGACAUCAACCAGAGAAUGGCUGCAGCCGUCCCCAAUUUAUAUCAAAAUGCUGGUGUCCUCAAAUAUGUUGGCAACCGCACAGAAGGACGACUUACGGCGAACAAUGAUGUCCGUUCGUUACCCCGAUGCCAAGAUAUAGAAGUGAGGCCAUGCUUACCUGGAUCCAAUGUUUGCGAAUUUAAGUUUAAAAAAGAGUUGUUCAACGUAAUAGAGGUUGUGAAGCAAAUCAACGAUAAUUUCAUAGUUGCUGUUGCCCUGAACCAAGAUGACAUCGCCUUGCUAUUGAUUGAUCAGCAUGCGAUUCAUGAAAGGAUUCGUUAUGAAGAUUUGCUCAAAGGUUACACCGUCGAAAACCAGAGAUUGUUUACAUCUACCAAACUGACCAUACCAAUGAUUAUUGAUGACCUGCCAAGCCAUUUUUCGGAGCAAAUUGCAAUACAUCUAAAAAAAAUAGAAGCAUUUGGCAUUGGGCUGAAUUUAGAAAACAGGGAUCGUUUAGUUGUAACAAGUAUACCAACAUGCUUUGACAGAAUAAUGUUGAAUCAUAGUCGUACUGAAUUGGAGCAUACAGUUCGAAAGCUUCUGUUCGAGAUAUUGGAUAAUUUGGACUGCAACUAUAUGCCAAAUGCUAAUCUACCAAUGGUUAUUCACCAAGCCAUUGCAACGGAAGCUUGUCACGGAGCAAUAAAGUUCGGAGAAAAGCUGGACAUCGACCAAUGCACCAAACUUCUUCAAUCCUGGAUACAUACGAAGGCACCAAGUCGAUGUGCCCAUGGUCGUCCGUGUGUGAUUUUACUGUUGAAGCUCAAGCAAUCAGAGAUCCAAAUGCCAAUUUUAAAGACUAAAUUGAACUUCGCAUCUUUGAAACGCACAUGCAGGCCAGAGAAAAUAAUAAGUAUCCACAAACGAAGCAAAAGGAAUGUCGACAAGAGCCAGAGUAUAAAUUUCCAUCACGUGAUUCGUUCCUCCAACAAACUGCUACCUAAUAGUGAUUCCAAUUGACUCACGCUGAUGAGACUUAAUUCUAUUACCCGGUAUGCCUGAUGAAAUAUUCUUCAGUUAUACCUAUUGUUCUAAUAUGUUAUUGCAGUAAAAAAAAUUAGUCAAGUCCCAUUUCCCGCAGGUGGAUAAUAAAAAGUGGGAAUACAUACUGUGACAUUUUUACGUCAAGCAAGUCACGUAUUUGAACGGCCAUCGAUGAUUUUUCUCCACUAAAUAUUUUCUACGACUAAUCGAUGUAAGUCUCUUGCAAUGAGUCAAGCCAAAGGCCAGGACGCGAUACGAUUGGCUACCUACCUGAGGUAAUCGAAUUGCUGUUUUCGUGCGCAGUCACGUCUUACUCGGCUCAUAUCUUAGGAGGAAAGCUUAAUUGUCAGUGAGUGAUUCUUGUAACUAUUCGCGAACCUUCGAACAAUUACUCUCACAUUUUUACGCGACUAUAAGGUAGUACUAAAAAAUAAAUGCGAUACUAAAAAACGCUUUCUCAAGUUAAAUAUUCGUUUCUCAAGUACUCCGCCCAUAUUGAACAUUUCUGAUUUACCUAUAUAAUAGGCUAAAAAUGUAUCCAACUUAUACCCUGAAUGUCGAAGUGAAUUAUCUACUAGUUAGUGUCUAUUAAAAUAAAAACAAGGAAUCUAUUAUGAAAAAAAAAUCCUAAUUUAUAACACGGAAUGACUAUAAGGAACACGUUUAGCCCUUCUAGAAAUACAGAUACAUUUUUUUAAAGAUUUUCCAAAACUAUUUGUUGAUAUUUAGUUUUUUUUUCUUACUUUGCAAAUCAAGACAAAAUUUUUUCAAAUGGGUGAAUUUUUUGCUUUAAAAAUAACUCAGGCAUGAGCCGUGAAAGAAAUUGCACGUGAAAACAGCAUCUGUAUUACCUUCGCUAGUUAGCCAACCGAAUUACGCAAUGGUAUUUGGCUUGGCUCACAGACUUGCAUACAUUGGUAGACUGAUAUCCGAAGUACAAAAUACCUUGUGGAGAUAAUAAUCGGUGAUUUUCGGUCAAAGGAGCGUCUUGCCUAACACGAAAUGCCACUUCAAAAUAUGUAUUAUGUAUAAAGUUAACGAUUAACUUUUUAUAUUUUAUUUAUGUAGAAUUUAUGUAAUACAGGCCGGCUUCCAUACAAAAAUUCAUACCAAU